UAUAAAAGAGGAGAUUGGUUUGUAAGGGCGUCUUCUUCAUUAGAGUAAGAGUGUGGGAGAGAGAGAAUGUCAGACGAAGAACAUCAUUUCGAAUCAAAGGCAGAUGCAGGGGCCUCAAAGACCUAUCCGCAGCAAGCGGGAACUAUUCGUAAAAAUGGCUAUAUUGUCAUAAAGAGCAGACCCUGCAAGGUCGUUGAGGUUUCCACUUCGAAGACUGGAAAGCAUGGUCAUGCGAAAUGUCACUUUGUAGCAAUUGACAUUUUUAAUGGCAAGAAGCUCGAGGAUAUUGUUCCUUCAUCACAUAACUGUGAUGUGCCUCACGUUACUCGUACUGAUUAUCAGCUUAUUGACAUAUCAGAAGAUGGUUUUGUGAGUCUUUUGACUGAUAACGGCAACACGAAGGAUGAUCUGAAGCUUCCCACUGAUGAAAAUCUGCUCACUCAGAUCAAGGAUGGUUUUGGAGAAGGAAAGGAUCUUGUUGUGACUGUCAUGUGCGCAAUGGGAGAAGAGCAGAUCUGUGCUCUGAAGGACAUUGGGCCGAAGUAAAAUACCAUCCACAUCGUCUAUCUAGCUUAUGGUAAUUCCUCUUCUAAUAGACUAGCCAGGAUUUUGUCGGAUGUCCGCCAUGUGGGUGCUAUACGGACCAUUAAGACGAUUUUAUAGCUGUGUGGUCGAGAUAUUUUUAGCCUUCUGAUAUCCAAGUGAUGUGGCUGUGAUCCCUAUAAGUAGGGAAUUGGUGGGGGACAGCACAUCAUGAAUUUCAGUCCAUAAAGAGUCCAGUCCUCAGAUUUUACUGUUUUUUUAAAUUUCCUUGGAUUUUACUAGCUGCGUAUGUAUUCUUUUCAAGCUGCUGAUUGAUAAGUUCUCUUAGUUUGAUUAGGGACCUGUUUCUCAACUGCUGUGAAUGUUUGGAGUUAAUGUAUAUUUUUUGUUUGAUAA